AUGCCCAUCAUCGACGUCGCCAUCGGCCCGUUGAUCCAAAUGGCCGAGGCCGCGUCGCUCGGCAUGCCGUUUGAGGUCUGGAAGACCCGCAUGGGUCGUAAGCGCGACGAGAGCACGCUCCGCGCGUUCGCAAACAUUUACCGCGAGGGCGGCCCUAGCGCUUUUUGGCGCGGAACGCAGGCGAAAAUGGUGGAAAGCGCGACGAAAGGGGCGAUAUUGAUGUACGCGAAGGAAGGCAUAAACGAUGGGUUACUCGCGAGCGGAUGGACGCCCGGAGCGGCGGGCGUGGCGGCGGGCGCGGGUGGUGGGAUCGCGCAGGUGAGCGUCAUGGCGCCGACGACGUACUUGGUCACGGGCGCGGUGAACUCGCCCGGCAUGUCGACGAUGGAGCGGAUACGGACGACGUACGCGCGGGGAGGGAUCGGAGGAUUUUAUCCAGGCGGUGUCGCCAUCGCGUUCCGGCAAGCGACGAAUUGGGCGUCGAGACAAGGAUUCACAGAGAUCGUUCGCGAAAAGGCGCGAACGGCGAUUUACGGCGACGCCGAGGGCGCGAAAUUGACCAAGUGGGAAGAAGUCGGGUGCGGGAUCGUCGGUGGGACGUUGGCGUCGUGGAAUCAUCCGUUUGAAGUCGCGCGGAUCGAGGCGCAGAGUCGUGGGAACGCCGGAAUUCCCACCGGGAACAUGGUGAGCGUGAUGCGCGACAUCGUCAAGGAGAGCGGCGUCGGCGGUUUGUUUCGCGGCAUCGUUCCUCGCAUCGGAUUGGGAAUUUGGCAGACGCUCUUCAUGGUGACCGGGGCAAAGAUGGUGAAGGAGACUUUGAAAGAGAACGGGUAUCUCGAGAACGCCGGUUCGGGCGGGCAUUAA